AGGAGUCCACCCUCUCUCUGCAGGGAUGGGGACAGUCCAAGCAUCAGCCCUGGCAGGGAGAGCGCUGGAGGGCAUGGCAAAUGCAGCCCACUGGGAUCCUGGCUCCGUCGAGGUCCUGCAAGGACAGGGACAGGAGACAGGAGAGACCUUGGAGACACCACCACCUUUUCCUAGCACAGUGCUAACCUCUCAUCAGCCAAGGGAAGCUUCUGACUUUGGUCCAGCAACUUCUGCCAUUCCUCAGACAAGCCUGGAGAAAAACUUGACUGCUGCAACACUCAAUGCCACUGGGGCCCACACUGCAGAGGUGGAGAAUGGCUUCAUCCCUACCACCCCCAUGGCGGGCUCCAAAGCAGAGAGACUGCAGGCUUCCACCACUGCCAGCCCUGGGGACAUCACAGUUACACAUCCUGAGCACCACAAUCUGAGCUUGUCAGUCAACAGCAGCACUGAAAUCCCUUCCCCUACACCAACUGCCAGCACUCUGGAAGAAAACCAGCCCAGCCAUGAAGCCACAGAGCCUUUCAGCACAACUGAAGAAACGGAUGAGGCCACCAGUGCAACCCCCUCACUUCCUCUGAACACUGUGCCGGCAACAACUAACAGCUCUCAGCUGGGGCCUUUUGAUGAGCAGACCGUGGGGCCCACAGCAGCAAGGUCUGAAACCAGGCCAGGAACGAGCCCUGUGGGUGCCACAGAGGAGAGCACUGUUGAGCCCAGAACCUUCUCUGCUCCCAUCUCCACCGUACAGAGCACGUCCUCUGCCACCGCCUCCCAGACUGUGACCGUGAGACCCCUCAUGACCAGCUCCAUGUCUGCCAGCACAGCUGCCAUGCCCACCAGCACAUCUGCACGGGUGCAGUCAUCAGAGCCCAGGCAUGAGAAAGCUUCUGUGUUGAAUGUUGGUGAUGAUGAAAAUUCAGAGCAACCCAGUUCGGCUGAUACAACAAGGGCUGAUCCCUUGGUGAUCACCGUGAUCUCCGUCUUCAUUGUCAUGGUGGGCAUCCUCGGCCUGGUGGGCUUCUUGAGGUACCGCCAGCACAACAACCGCAUGGAAUUCCGGCGCCUGCAGGACCUGCCCAUGGAUGACAUGAUGGAGGACACCCCUCUCUCACUCUACAGCUACUAGGCAACCAGGUUGUCCUCUGCCUGGCCGGCUGAACUUCCCUGAGGAAAAGGCCUUGAGGACUUGGUCCCAGAUGAUCUGCCAAGGAAUGAGGGGCUAUGAUUUGCACACAACUGAAAGAUCCUUUUCAGAUGGUUUUUCGUUUUAGACGUUUUAAAUAGUUCAGUGUUGAAGUUUCUAUGCUGCGAAUCAGAGCCCAAGUCUGGCCCUUUCCUCCAGGCUCUUCUCAAACUAAUGCCCUGAAGAGCUGCCUCCUCCUCUUAGUGUGGUGACCAGUUAGCCAAGACAACCUUUGCCAUCGUGUUCUGCAUGGAUCUUUUCUGUCCAUGUUGGUGGCUGCUGGUUUCAAAGGAGGUGGGCAAGUGAUCCAUGCAAGGGCUCUUAAUACUGUUGGCGUCAGCACAGUGCUAACAAAGGAGACUGCUGUUUUCUGAGGGAGCCCAGGAUGUGGAAAUCAGUUCUCUUGGGCUCCCUCUUGUUCUGUAUUUUUAAGGUUGGUUGUUUGGGGUUUUUUUCUUGCACUUUUUUUGUUCCUGUUUCAGCUUUAGUCCCAGGAUUGGCACUGCCCAUCCUAAAACACCUACCAGGAGGAUAAUAGACUGCUCUGCUUCCUUGUUCCUCCUGUGCUAUGCAAGGUCAAAGCUCCUUUACCUUGGUCUUUGAGCCAGUCUGUGUCUUAUCAUGAGGACAGAUCCUGGAUGUAGGUGCCUUCCUCCCGUUCCCUUUCUAGGUGUUAGGCUGAUUAGAUUCUGCACUUUUGCCUCAAAAUGUCACUGCUUUAGACUGCAUCCAAGGCUCUUGAGGCCCCUCAAGGAAACCUACAAACCCACAGACCCACACCCCAGAGCCUCUGAGUGUAAGUCCAAGGAUCUUUUGUGCCCUCACCUCAGAAAGACCAGACUGUGUGUGACAUGACAGUCCUCAUGUAAUUACAUCUGCUCCUGUUUCCUAGCUCACUUUUCUCUGCAGGUAAAUAGAAAUGCCUUCUCUAGAGUGUUUGACUUUUGACUAAGCCAGUUGCUCCCUCAGGAUACAGCAAGGGCUAGAGAUUAUCUGCCACAUUGCUCUUACAAGCCUCAGUUUCUCCUCUCCUUUUAGUAGCAACAUCACUGACCCCACAAAGGACAGAUACCAGGCCUCACUAGCAAAAGUACCUUUUUUUUUCACAACGCUGUUAUUGCUUGUUGUAGCAGGAAGAGGGGAAUUUCCCCAUCAGCAGGGCCCAAAUUAUCUGCAAAGCCCAAAGAUGGAGCAGAACUGGCCUGGGUCAGAUAGAUGAACUGGGCAAGGCAGCAGUUCCUCCUCCCUGUGUUACUGCUUCCUAAGUGACUGACAAAUGGCUGCAGUGCAGUUUGGGUUCAGCUGUUGGCUUUGGCCUCUGUGUACUGUAAGGAUGCCUGAUGACACAGGGAAGAAGGGUUGGUUCUCUCCUACUGUGGCAUGAGAGCUAAAGGGCAGUUGUCACAACUCCAAAGCUUUUGUAUCCAGCAUUGUCUGCACAGAGCCAUCUCCCUAGCUACAGACUUGUUUCCCCUGCCGGAGGGCAGGGUGCUACUGGUUUUCGGCACAAAGUUGGCAAGUUAGUCGUGGAAAAUAGAACUCCAUCCUGGCUGGAACUGGUGCAGGCUGGCAUAGCUGGAAAGUGUCUCUGCACACAAUCAAAAGGGCAGGGGCUGGUUGUUCUGGUUUCCCACACAUCGCUGUCCAGGGGAAAGGGGUGAGGAAGAAAACUCGCCCGACACCAAAGUGCGACUUUCUUUGUAAAAUAUGUUGAUAGUGGAUUUUUUUUUUCUGCAAUAAAGUUACAAAUGCCAAA